AUGAUGCACUCUGUGAAGGCAGCCUUAAUUCACCAAGCACAAAACUACACACUUGGUGCGCUGUCUGCCAUUGGAACGAAACGCAUAUGCAAACUAACGGGAUUAACGGCGGUCUACAGUGCUAAUGGCAUGCUUGACUAUAUAUACCUGGGCACUACUAGUGUUGGACUUCGGCAGAGAGCUUCGGUACGGUGGCAUUUCCAUCGUUAUGUAAAGAUGUACUUCAGGAGCCUUGGGAUGUGGCAAGUAUUUAUUGCCCGCUUUUUAGGCAUGCCUGUGAAUGGUGGAUCUCUCCAACUAUGUAAAUUGGUGAUCCGCCCAGUAUACAUUGCAUCGCUAACAAACGUUAGGUUCCGCGCUGGACGCUAUCAUCCUAGUGGCUCUAAACCCACUCCUGUUCUUCGUCUUGCAAGCUCUGAACCAGCGAUGAUGGGCAUGCGCAUAUACGCCCUCUACGGCAGAUCCAAGAGAAUGCUGGUCUUCUUGAGCAUCUGCUUCGCCGGCGUGCAAAGCGCAAACAUUGUAUUGACAAUGAUGGCCAUGCUACCACUUGAGGUUGGAGCAAGCAUGGUAUCAAGCCGUCGGAUAUUUUUACAUUUCAACGAGCGCCACCGAGACCUGGAUGCGACGAUGAGCACGUUCUUGGGCUUGAUUGUCCGAGACAACAUUCUCUAUUUCUUCAUCAACAGCUUGACUUCGCGUAGAGCUUUCUUCAGCCUAUCCCUCAAUGCCGCCUCGUUUCUUAUAGACGUUAGAGCCCCAAACCUUGGGGCACAAUUCUACAUGGGAUUCGACUCUAUCGUCGUAAACGUGCUGACCAGCUUCCAGAUGGCUAUGCUUGGCCCGCGCAUGAUGCUCAGCAUGCGGGAAUAUGACGCCGUUCAGGCGAAGGGUGGUCCUUCGCUCGGAAUAGAAGUCGAAACUAUGCAAUUUGCUGCGGCUGCACCGAGACCAGAGUACCACGAAGGAUUCUCAACUGGUAGUAUAGUAGUAUAA